UACGGCGAUCAUCAGCACCUCCAAUAUGGCGUCGGCAGUGUCAAUGCGCUGCAGCACGGUGCAGACCCCCAAGGCCUGCACCUCCGCGCUCUCCCAGCAGCAGAUUGCUCCGUUUGCGGGCCUGCGCCGGAUAAAUGUGCUGUACAAGGAGUCUGCCGCCUGCCCAGCCCAGCAGCUGCGCGCCAGUGCCGCCCGCCGCGGCGCUGCCGCCCGUGGCGCUGCCCGCUGCUCCACCGUCAUGUCAGCGGCCGUGGCCCCCAAGAAGAUUCUCAUGCUGGGUGGCACCCGCUUCAUUGGCCUGUACCUCGCCCGCCAGCUGAUCGAGGCAGGUCACGAGGUGACGCUGCUGACGCGCGGCAAGAAGCCGGUGACGUACCGCAUCCCCGAUGAUACGGACGAGUCGUUUGCCAAGUUUGAGCAGUCUGUGAAGCACAUUGCGUGCGACCGCACUGAUGCCGAGGCCAUGAAGACGCACCUGCAGAACAAGGGGUUCGAGGUGGUGUACGACAUCAACGGUCGCGAGGCCGACGAGUGCGCUCUGGUGCUGGACGCGGUGGGCCCCAUUCAGCAGUACAUCUUCUGCUCCUCGGCGGGCGUGUACAAGAAGAGCGACCAGAUGCCGCACCGCGAGGAGGACGAGGUGGACUUCAAGUCCAGGCACAAGGGCAAGCUGUUCACUGAGGAGCUGCUGGAGCAGCGGGGCAUCAACUGGACCAGCGUGCGUCCCGUGUACAUCUACGGCCCAUUGAAUUACAAUCCGGUUGAGGAGUUCUUUUUUCACCGAAUCAAGGCCGGCCGCCCCAUCUGCGUGCCCGGCUCCGGCAUGCAGGUGACCCAGCUGGGCCACGUCAAGGACCUGGCCACCGCCUUUGUCAAGAUCCUGGGCAACCCCAAGGCGGCGCGGCAGGUGUACAACGUGGCGGGCGAGCGGUACGUCACCUUUGAUGGCCUGGCCAAGGCGUGCGCCGCCGCCAUGGGCGCGCCCGAGCCCGAGCUGGUGCACUUCAACCCCAAGGACUUCGACUUUGGCAAGGCCAAGGCUUUCCCGAUGCGCGACCAGCACUUCUUCGCCUCUGUGGACAAGGCGAUGGCGGACCUGGACUGGGUCCCCGAGUUUGGCCUGCUGGACGGCCUGCGGGACAGCUACGAGAAGGACUUUGGGCGGGGCACGUUCCGCAAGGAGCCCGACUACACCGCAGACGACAUGGUGCUGGAGCGGGUGAAGGGCAAGGUGUCCGCCAUGGCGUGAGCAGCUUGCCCCAGCCCUGCCUGCCAGCAGCACAGCCCGCGGCAGCAGCGGCGCUGCACCCCGCCACGAUGCAGCACGAAUGACAGUUUUUCGCCCGGCGGCCGACCCCAGUUCCCCCAGCUCCUGCACACCCAACCUCAUUGUCUGCGCAUUGCUCCCCUCUGUUUCCCUGCCCCGCCACUUUCAUCAA